UCAAAAGUAUCAGAACAGACUAGUCUUUCCAUUCAGCAGGCUAAGUCAACUUCACUUAGCAUACAGCAUAGUGAGGAUCUACUGCCUCAGAUAUCGGAAGCCAACUUGCUCAACAUCGACCAUGCUAGUGAAUCAUUGCAUGCCGAGAAGUCGUCUAAAUCCUCGCCUGGCCAGCAGAACACCACAGAGGCUUUCGGUUCCCUAACACAAGAUAGUGGGACAAUAGACAAAGGUCCGGAAACAGAGCCUGAACCAUUUCAAUGCCAAGAGCUCGCCUUCCAUUUGAUAUCACCCGUGAAUGUGGUCACUGCCUUACGACGCUUCACAAAAGAGCGCAUGACUGGCGUUGCGGGGGGCUCAGGUGGCGGUCGAGGUGGAGGUCUAAAGAUGUCGCUAUACAAGCAUGCCCAGAUGGCACAUGAGCCUCACGAACUUGAGGUGCCCUCAACCAUGGCAACACCAAGCUCAAGCAGCAUGCCUCGAGGUAAGGUCUCAGAAGUUGCGGUCACGAGGACAUCCGGGAAUCAGUCUGUCCGACAAUCCAGGAUUCGAUCGAUGGAGAACUCUAGCAACUCAACCGCUGAAUUGGUGAAUGAAGAAUCAAUAGUCACUGCAAAUAGUCAGACCAGUAGUCAAGGUAGCAAGGGCCAAUAA